AUGAAAUCUGUCCCUAAAUCCAAUGCUGCUGUACUUCUCGAGUCCGGUCUAACUACAUUAUCCUCGCUACUGCCGCUUUUCGACUCAGGCGGAGGAAGUUUUUACGACUUGCGGCAUGUGAUGCAGCCUACACGCGAUCAGCCUGUAGUGUCACACUCAGCCAACACACCCGCUUUUGGACCCAUUUCCAAUUUGGACGCGGGCCCAAAUCGAGCUCGAUGGGAUUACCAUGCGGUCCAUAUUCGACAGUUACGCAUUCUCGCCGUGGUGGACAAUUCGGAACGAGCUGAAAAAUGGCUGACGACGGCCAAUCGUUGGACAUCUUACAUGGUUGGAUUUCGGUCUCCCCACAAUUGA